GGAUGAGUAAAGUAUAUCUAAUCUAUUUUAUUAGGGGGGAAACUUGCAGACUUUAAACAUGACAGCUCCAUACAGUAAGAUGACGUUUCCUCUGGAGUCACAUGACUCUUUACAGUAAGUCCAACAUGGCAGACGGAGUGGAUCUUACGCGGUAACUAAAGCAACAUUUCAACUGGAGCUGACACAAUUUGAACAACACUACUGUGCAACAACAACAACAAGACACCAACAAUGAGGGAGAGGCAGAAGAAGAAGAAGGGCAGGACGUGGGCUGAGGCUGCUAAAACGGUUUUGGAGAAAUACCCCAACACGCCCAUGAGCCAUAAAGAGAUCUUGCAGGUGAUUCAAAGAGAAAGGCUUAAGGAAAUAAGAAGUGGAACCUCACCGCUGGCAUGUUUGAACGCAAUGCUGCACACGAACUCUCGUGGCGAGGAGGGGAUCUUCUACAAAGUUCCAGGCAGAAUGGGGGUCUACACAUUAAAGAAGGACAUCUCAGAUGUGGCGAAGGAGCUGUCUGAGGAAGACUCUGAGGAGAGCAGUGACAAUCUUUCAGACUCUCAGAGCACAGAAAACAACAGCAGCGGCAUCACUCAAGAGGGCAGGAGAGGAAGGUGGAUGCGAAGAGUUCCCUCCAAGCUGCAGUCACAGCCGUCCUCUCCGCAGCCUCGAUGCUCGUCUCCCUCUGUCCCCACCAGUAAACUCAUCUCUCCCUCGCAGAAACACAGCAAGAAAGCUCUAAAACAGGCCUUGAAGCAGCAGCAACAGAGAAACCAGCGCAGACAGGGGGGAAUGCCAACCACCUCCAGCCCCAGACUGCUUCUGAAAACCAUCAAAGAUAUGGCUGACAUUACUGCCAAGACUGACUUAUGCCACCCAGUCGUCCCGAGGAAGGUUUCCCAGAGGUCAGGCCGCCUUAGUGCAGGGCAACUCAAACGCACCAAGUGUAAAAUAGAUGUCGAAACACCAGACUCCAUUUUGGUUAACACCAACCUGAGGGCGAUCAUCAACAAGCACACCUUCUCUGUCCUGCCCCCAGACUGCCAACAGAGGCUGCUGAAACUUCUGCCUGAAGUUGACCGGCAGGCUUGCAUGGACGGCCUUCUGAAGGUCACUAGUUCUGCCUUAAAUAAUGAAUUCUUCACAUCGGCAGCACAGUCAUGGAAAGAGAGACUGGCUGAGGGCGAGUUCACUCCCGAGUUGCAGCUACGAAUGCGGCAAGAAAUCGAGAAGGAAAAGAAAGUCGAGCACUGGAAGGAGGCCUUCUUUGAAAACUAUUACGGUGAAAAUUCUGGGCUCAGCUUUGAGGAAUCCAAAGAGCUGACGAAGGCUGAUCUGAAUCAGGAGUCUGCCAGGCUCCAGUCUCUAUCUCAUCAGACAGGACCUGCCGUUCAAGAACCGGAGGAUCCCAAGGGCACCGAGGACAGCAGCCAGACCGAUGCCGCCGCUGCCGCCACCGCUGCGAAAAACAUGAAGCCAACACAAGAGCCUCCGAAGGCGCCGACUGCUCAGAGGGAGCUGGUCUUCACCAUAGAGCCCAUGAAGACACGGCGCUCACAGUACGCUGAGGAUCGUAAGUUGAACAUAACAGCACCGUCUGCACCGACACCUGCAGUGACGACACUCGAGGUUAACAGACAGACUGAACGGGCCGCGGUAGGUACGCUGCCCGAAAAGGAGCGUAAAGAGGAAGUGAAGGAGGAGAAAACAGAACUCCCUCAAUCACCUGUGAAGAAGAGCAGUCCACCAAAGGGUAGUUCAGAGUUAAAAGAGGAUCAGCCGGCGUCUGUGGUUAAGCCCGCUGAGGAGAGCGAAGAGGUCAUCCCUGAGCCCAGUGGCCCCUCAGAGCCACUAAAAAGGAAAUCUGUCAGUGAGGUGGAGAGCGAACUGACGCCAGAGAAAAGGCCCCGUAUGUCCUCGGUUUCCUCCGUGUCGUCGUCGGUGUCCUCCGUAUCUCCUCCAGCAUCAUCCACAUCCAGCCCUCCUACACCAACUCCAACAAAUCAGAGGGUUCCACCACUCAAGAUCCCAGUGUCUCGGAUUCUUCCUGUUCCUCUGUCACCAAGCCAAGUCUCACCCAGGACUCCCCUCCCGGCUCCGCUCAGCAGCCCAGGACGCACCGGCGCUCGCACUUUGGCUGACAUCAAAGCCAAAGCUCAGCUUGCCCGAGCGCAGCGAGCAGCGGCCGCCGCAGUAUCAUCUGCAUCGAAGGGAGCGGUGCCAGGCCCGGGACCAGGGGGAGGAAGUGUUGAGCAGAAACAGCCAUCGCCCGGUCCCGGCCCAACGUCCCCACAGGUGUCAACCAGAUUGCCAGCCUCCGACGGCAGUCAAACCAGCACACCUCCUUCUCGCCCACUGGACCCUUUUGGGCAGAUAAGCCCAAACCGGUCUCACUCGAGCAUAACUGUCGAAAAACACAAAGGUCAUUCUGCUGGUGCUGUCAGUGCAGGAUCCCAUAGUGUUCAAAAGAGUUCAAACACAUCAACGCAACCCAUUCCUUCAUCUGUGCUCGCUCUGAAGGGACAGGAAAACCCAUCACCAGCAGGAUCUUCAACCCGGAUCAGCUCCUGCAUCCCUGCAAACAACCCGCUCGUCACUCAGCUUCUGCAGGGCAAAGAGGUCCCGUUGGAUCAGAUCCUCCCGAAGCCGCUAUCCAAGGUGGAAGUGAAGAUGGCAAACGUACCCUCUGGUAUUAAGGGUAAGACAUCACACUCUGCUGAGCACAGGCCUGAUAAGCAGAUGUCCCACCAGCUCAGUGCAGCAGGACGAGCAGCGGGAGUUUUCUCAGAAUACACGAGACAUCAUAGGGAACUUCCUGAUAAGGAGACUCAGGAGCAGAUCCUACAGACUCUAAUGCAGAGAAAGGUUCAGCAGAGCCAGCCUUUUGGCAGUAUGGCUCCUCAGCACACGCAAAGUCAGUACAAAGUCCAUCAGCUGGUGCAUGCCGAAGAGCGUCACAACCAAUCCAGGACCUCGGUAGGAUUUCUCAGUCGUAAGAGGAUGCCCAGGCCCGCCAUGACAGGACACUACCUGCUCAAUGUGUCCACAUACGGCCGAGGAUCAGAGAGCAAAAAGCUGCACCAGUCCGCCAUCCCAAACACGUCUGUGUCCAGUUUAAAAAGGGAGAGCACAGAAGGAGAGGAGGCGGCGGCCGUGGAAGAAGAACCAGCCAGAAAAGUCUUCUCUCCUGUGUCUGGGGUUAAAACCGAGCAGCAGGGACACUCGAUAACAAAGUCAGGCGACGGCGUGAGCGUCGAUGUAAAGACUGAGCCUGGAUCAGAGGAUAGUGCAGCGGGUGCCGACAACAACAACACCAGCGCGACAGCCAAAGACACCAGCCCUUUUUUUCAGUCACACCGAAGGCACCUCGAACUCUCUAAUAGUAAUCAAGGAAACUCCGAGCCAUAUCGUACCCAAGUGGACCCCAGUCACCAGCGGCCGCCUGCCUUUCAGACCCAGAGAACGCUCGAUAAUCAGGAACCUGUGGCAGCAUCAUGCUACGGCGGCACUAUCAGCAUGUCUGUACCUCACACUUUGAACCACAGCACUGCAGUGACAGGCUCUUCCACGGCCUCAACUGAGGCCGACAGCAGCAGCGGCGGCGGUGGCGGUGGUCACCACGCCAGCGUCAUGUCUUUCUCAGUGACUGUCACUACCAUACCUGCCGGUCACUCGUUAGACCACGGCAACCAGGGCGAGCCCUCACCCGAACAGUCGUACAUCGAGGGCUCCAACAUGGAGGACGUCCAGUCUAAAUGCUACUGCCGACUGAAGGCCAUGAUCAUGUGCAAAGGAUGUGGCGCCUUCUGCCACGACGACUGCAUCGGCCCCUCGAAACUGUGCGUGUCGUGCUUAGUCGUACGAUGAUAUAUAUGAAAAUGAAUAAUAAUAUCUGGGGGAGUUUGAUUUGUGUUGAAGCGAGGCACAAAGCAGAAGCAGGUCAUCCAGAAUCAAUACAGAGCCGGCGGAGCUCGGGCGGAGCGAAUUAGCUCCGGGCAACAAAAACAAACAAAAACAAAACAACAACCAGCAUGCGGUCGCUGUCGGAAAAGCAAAGAUUUACACUGGAUGGUCUUUUAGUUUCACCAACAUCUAUGAAUCUGUUUUGUUUUUGGUAGAGAUGUCAAUCAGUUUUCAAUCAAAUCAUUAGUCUGUCAGAUGUGUGACGGAGAGAAAAUCUGGCAAUGUUUGCACUCGGCUAGGUUUAGUGUGUGAUGUGUGUGUGUGUGUGUGUGUGUGUGUGUGUGUGUGUGUGUAGUUUUUAAAAAGAAAAAAAAGGAGGGAAAAAUGAAUGUUGCUAUUUUUGUAGAACAUGAGACUGUUUUUGUGUUUUAGACUGACACUUUUUAUUAUUAUUAUUAUUAUUCUUAUUAUUAUUAUUAUUGGGCCUAAUCAAUUAUGGUUAAAGGCAAAAAAAAGAAGAAGAGAAAAUCGUUUAAAAAAAGGGCGCUAAUGAUAAUCAUUGGUUGUAGAGUACCUCCUAUUUGGCAUUUAUGCACGCAUGGCAGGGAAGUGCAACUUACAGUAACUAUUUUAUAUAAAAAAAACUGUACAUUUAUUACUGAACACACUCAGAUUUAAGAACUAGAAAGAGCAUGUAUAGUUUUAGAAAGAGAAUAUAAAGAUACAUUUUGAAUUCGUGAGGAUUGCACAUCACGGCAUCUGUUGUUUUUUGGUUUUUGACUAACAGUUACAGGGCGAUGCACUUGAAAACCACCUGGACUUAUGGUAAUAACCGUGUACAGCACUUACAUUCAAGCGUAGAGGAAAAAAAGAAUCAUUUAUAUAUGAAAAUGCCUAUAUGUUUUUGUUUUUUUGGACAAAUUGAGAUCUUUUCCACUCCGGGUCAAGGUCCAGAGUCACUUCCUACUGUGUGAACCUGCAUUUUCUCCUCGAAAAAAAGCCAGUUUGUAGAUAGAUGUGGUGAGUUUUUCUCACGCUCGUAUGUCUGUAUAAAUAGAUCAGCAGUGGCAAACAGUAAAAAACAAAAGAAAAGAAAAAACACUCAAGGCAAAGGAGGAGAAAAUGAAGAUUUUGUUUUUUUUUCACUGUAAAUAUCUGCUCAUUUACGGUAUAUGCAUAGAUGUAGAAAUGUAUUUUAUUUUAUCCGUGCAGCACACCUUGCUCGAGCAUAUCCAGCUGUUUUAUUAUUACACAAUCAUUUUUACUGUGGAAAGAAAGAAAGAAAGAGAAGAACAGUAAGUUAUGCUAAAACGCUAAAUGCUUUAUCUUAGACUGAUUCAGCAUAGUACGCUUCAGUUUUACAAAAAAAAAAAAAAGAUUUGGAGGUACAAUACGGCAGCGACUAACAGGCGGGUUCAACGCUUCACUUCAAAAUUGCCUUGAGGAUCGAGAGAGUUAUCCUCCAUUCAUAUGUGGUAUGAAUGAUUGUAAGCACAAAAUAAUACUGGAUCGCGUUUAUGUAAUGUACGAUAAUGUACGCGUGUGACGAACCAGCACAUUUUGUGGUGUGAACACUGUUGUAGCUGCAUUAUUAUGACGAUGUUAACACAGUAUAAACGCUUACUUUACCACAUAUUACCAUGCAAAAAACAGAAAAACUGAAAAGAAAAAAGGCCAGUGUGAAGAGUUACCUCGGCGGGUUUUUCGCGUGCAAAUUUAAGACGCAUCGACUAUAUUUUGAAAUCUCCUGGAGGUGCAGCGUAGGCCUGUUUUAUAGCAAUUAUUUCCAAGGUAAUAUGCCAAAGUCACCUUAAAGAAAAACAAAAUAAUCAGAACUUGUUUUUAAUGUUUGACUAGUUAAUCAAAGUAAUAUAUUUUAAUUAAUAUAUUUUAAUAUAAAAAAAAAAACUCUAUUUGCUAAUUGUUUUUUGAAAAUCAACAGGGUAUUUACUAUAAUAAUAUAUUUGGCUGUCCGUUUUCCUAUGAUUUUUGUUUAGACUGGACAGACCACCAUACAGAAAAUAACUUGACUUUUUAUAAUUCAAAAUUGCCCAGGUAUCAAUAAUUCUGUAUGGCCCAGGUUUUUUUUAAACGGAUCCGUUGGUCUAUAUUUUUCCAUAGAGAUGUUGUCUAAUGUGUCGUUUUAGCUGUCUACACUCGUGUCAUUACCUGAUGAAACAAAGUUUUUAAAGCAACAUUUUUUUUUUAGAUGAGUGGAUUAAUCACGGUCCAUUUUUAAACGUGUUUGUAGACGGGGGGGUUUAUGUCUUGUGGGGAAACUGGUUUCCACAAAUUUAAUAAUUUCACUAAAAACUCAUGUACCAGGAUGUAAUUCUGCACAAAUUUAAUUUACCCCCCCCUCCACCAUGAAUAUUUAGGUCUUAUUUGGUUGAAUGUGAUGUUAGGAUGCUGUAUUUACACGUGUAGAGUCGGGGGGACUGGACUGCACUGCAGAAACAAUGAACAGAAAUCAUUCAAUCAACCCAAAAGGCAGCUGAAAUCUUUGUUAAUAAGGACUGAAACCCGAGUCAGGCAGCAGUCCCCCUCUGUCACUGAAGUUACCUGUUGUGUGUGUGUGUGUGUGUGUGUGUGCUCUCAGAGGAGCAGCUCAUGUAGAGAUGACUGUUCAGUGUGUCAUGAGCAAACCCCACGUUUUUUUUUUUUGUUUGUUUUUUUUAAACGUCACGUUUAUCACUAGGUGAAUUUGUUUAAUACGUCUGUGUCAUUCUGUCUCCAUUUAAAACUCCGGGUGAAUGUAAUAUAGUAAUCAGCACUUGUAAACAAAAGUGUAUUUUAUCAAAAGUUAUAGACUAUUAUGAAUAAAUAAUGAAAA